UUUUUUUUCGAAAUAUUUAAAUUUUCCAGAUUUUAUAGAAAAACUACUGUUUCCAUUUCCUUCAAAAAAUAAUCCGGGAAACGAAAACAUUAAUUUGUCAUGAAAUUUAAUUUGACCAUGGAAAUUUGCGUAGAUAUCAUCUCUUCCCUUCUUCUUCUUCUUCCCCCUUAUUUUGGGUUGAGCAGGAGUUGUUGGUAAUUGUCGCAGCUGCUGAAAAGAAGGAAAUUCUGUCUUCACAAAUCCUAAUGCACAUGUUGCAUGGGACUUAAUUGCCAAUGUAGAGGUUGGAAAGUGGAGACGCCACCGAAAGUAUCAGUUAUGCAAUCCACCGUAUGCAAAGAGAGAUCAUUCCAACUGCAUCCGGUGACAGUCAUAUCAAUGGAGCCAAAAGCCAAUGAUCCGGAUGAUUUUAUUGAAUCUUCAGUUCUGUUAGAUGAAACACAGUACCAGGAGGGUUACAGAGAUGGUUAUAAUGAUGGGUUGGUGUCAGGAAAAGAGGAGGGAAGGGAAGUUGGCUUAAAGAUGGGUUUUCAAGGAGGGGAGGAGAUGGGCUUCUAUAGGGGCUGCAUUGAUGUAUGGAACUCAGUAACAAGGGCUAACCCGGAUGCAUUUUCGUUCCGGAUCAAGAACAGAAUUGAGCAAUUGGAGAAGCUUGUUGAGGGUUAUCCUCUUCUCGAGCCAGAGAAUGAACAAGUUCAAGAGAUGAUGGAGAAAAUUAGGCUGAAAUUUAGGAUUAUUUCAGCUAAUUUGGGAGUUAGAUUGGAGUACGAAGGGUCUCCUACAUCUACUAGGGAAGUUCAGGAUUUCUAUUACAUAGUUGGUGAGGAUAUGCUCAAGUCUAUGCUUACUUGUUGCAAAGUAUAUAUAUCCGAAAGCCGAAAUGCUCUUGCCUUAGAAUCGAUCGAACAAGCCGCAAAACUAUUUCCAGAAGCUCCCGUCAUCAACAGGUUCAAGGAUGAGAACUACAACAGAGUUGGCUACACACUCGUCUCGUGCUUUGACCCGAAUUCUUCGUCCGAAGCCACCUCCUUGAAGAACGCAGUGCUCGGCAUGGUUAAAGCUGCCUUCGACUCGAUCGAUCUCAGCUCGCACUGCGGAACACACCCCCGCCUCGGAGUAGUUGAUCAUAUUUGCUUUCAUCCUCUAACUCAAGCUUCGUUGGAUCAAGUUGCCGAUCUCGCAAAGUCUGCAGCAGCUGAAAUCGGUCGGAGGCAUCAAGUUCCUACAUUUCUAUAUGGAGCAGCACAUGGGGAAGGGAGGAGCCUAGACUGUGUCAGAAGGGAACUUGGUUACUUCAAACCCAAUUCAUCUGGGAACCAAUGGAGAGGUGGACUAAACUUGGGGCCCUUGAAUCUAAAACCCGAUUUGGGUCCAACCCAAUUGACUCAAUCCAAAGGAGUUGUGGUUGUCGGAGCUACCGGUUGGGUCGACAACUACAAUGUGCCCGUAUUUUCGACCAACAUUGAGGUUGUAAGGAGAAUUGCUCGGAAAGUGAGCGGGAGAGGGGGCGGGCUUGAUUCGGUUCAGGCGAUGGGGUUGAUGCACGGGGAGGACCGGACCGAGGUGGCUUGUAAUUUGCUUGAUCCUGACAGAGUUGGGUCUGAUCAGGUUCAGGCUCGAGUCGAGCGGCUCGCAGCUGAUGAGGGUUUGAGUGCAGGGAAGGGCUAUUUCACCGAUUUCUCGCGAGAAAAGAUUAUUGAGUUGUAUUUGAAUGCCGCUUCGACUGUGUAAAAGGUCAUUUUUGCAAGAAUGAUGGUAACCAAAUAAAUGGUAGAAAGGUACUAAGGCCCCUGAACUUUCGCAUUUUUGUAAAUAGAUUAUAAGCUUUAAAGUUUGCCAAUUAGACCUAAAUUUUAUCAAA